AUGGACCCCGGCGGCUCAGCGUCCCGGCGCCCAGGACCUUCCGCCAUAUCCACCUCCUUCCGCUCUCCGCUCCCUUCUCCUCUGGCCUCGCCCACCCUCUCCUCGGCAGGCGCAGACGGUCUGAACCGGCGACUGAGCUGGAGCAGACCACAAGACGAUGUCUUUACCGCCCGGCCGGUGGAUAUGGACCCUUCGCAGAUGAGGAGCCUGGCCCCGCCGAGCUGGGCCCGCCUGAGGGUAUACGACGAACACGGACUCGCUCGCGGUCCGCGUAACCUCGCUGCGUCCGUUGCACGCUCCCCUACAUUUCGGGCUGUAUCGAGCACACUCCGCAAGGCGAGCGUGCGCGUGUCGACUCUGAUGAGCCCUGGUCAGGCGAGAGAGGACGGGCGGACCAGGAUACCAGAUGAGGACGAUGAGGAGAGCAAGGGCACAAGAGGGUUUGAGAUGGAUCCGUUCCAGCCUCCUCCGAGUGCGGUGGAUGCCGGGAGGCCAGAGGGGUUGCCGCCGGAGCUGAAGACAGGAUUGAGGGGGAGGACUCUUUGUCUCUUUGGAGUGGACAAUGUGAUCAGGAAGGCAUGCUAUGCUGCGCUGAAUUGGCCGUGGACCGAGACCGCUAUUCUGGGUCUAAUCAUCCUCUACGCUGUGAUCCUCACAAUUCAAUCUUCUUCGCCACUGUACGAACCACGCCCAGGCAACGGCUACUUCCAGAGUUGGGAAGACUGGGUGAUCCUCAUCAUCUUUUGCAUCUUCACCUUCGAGAUGGCCGCUAGGAUGAUCACCACCGGGCUCAUCUUUGACCCAGAGACGACCGUCCAAGCGUGGCUCUCUGGUCCGAACGGCGUCGUCUCCCGGGCAUCCGAGCGGGCCAAGAGCGCGCAGAGCCACUUCCGCCGGACCCAUAUACCCUCGCCAGCCGCUCCUCGUGCCGCUUGGCGAUCCACAUCGGCGAGUCAUCCUACCCAGCCCAAAACAGCCAAGCUGCCCGAAGCGCCGUUCCAAAGCGCCGUGCAGCGUCAACUGAAUCUGUCCGCCGCUGGUCGUCCGUACCUCCGUCACUCUUGGCACCGCAUCGACCUCCUUUCCAUCGUGUCAUUCUGGAUCACCUUCUUCCUCGCCUCCGCCCAUCAAGAGGCCACAUCCACGCACCACAUCUACAUCUUCCGCGCGCUGUCUAUCCUCCGGGCCGGCCGACUACUCGUCAUCACGAGCGGAACAACCACAAUUUUAGAUUCGCUCAAGCGUGCCGGCCCGCUCCUGAUCACCGUCGGGUUCUUUGUCAUCUUUGCUGCGACGCUAUUCUCCAUCAUCGGUAUCCAGAGCUUCCGAGGUUCGUUCCGCCGGACAUGUAUCAUGACGGACCCGAACAACGCCAGUAAUAUCUUCGACACGGGCCAGCACUGCGGCGGAUAUCUCGAUCCAGAGACAUUGAGGGAAUUGCCGUACCUCCUGCAGAACGGUCAAGCGUUCUCGCAGGAUCCAAAGGGGUAUAUCUGUGCUCAGAACCAGGUCUGCCAGCUCGGUGAUACCAAUCCCCAGGGCAAUACCAUGAGCUUUGACAACUUCUUCUUUGCACUCAUUCAGGUGGUGCUCAUCGCUUCUAUUAAUACCUGGGCACCGGUCAUGUACUCGGCAAUGGACUCGGACUACUUUGCGUCAGCGCUGUACUGGAUCGUCGGCGUGAUCAUCAUCAACUUUUGGUUGAUCAACCUCGUCGUCGCGGUCGUUGUCAAUACAUUCCAGGGUGUUCGGUCGGAUACGAGGCGAAGUGCUUUCGGAGCGGACGACUCCGCCAUCGGUGUCGACCCAAACUGGUCCGCCAACGACAAGAAAAAGGAAGAAUCCCGGCUGCUCCGCCUGUACCGCCGCACGGAGUACUUUUGGGUCGCACUCGUCCUCCUCUCCCUCGUUGCUCAAGGCUGCAAAACCUCCGAAUCCUUACCGGCCACUAUCGACCUCCUCCAGGCUAUCGAAUUUGGCAUCACCCUCGCAUUCGACGUCGAGAUCGCCUUCCGUAUCGUCGCAUACUUUCCGCUCUGGCGCGACUUUAUCGGUAGCCCACGUAACAACUUUGACCUGUUCUUGGCGGUAUCCAGCUCGAUCAUCCAGAUUCCGGCUAUUGCGGGCUCGGAGGCGUACAGCUGGUUGACGGUGUUCCAGCUGCUGCGGUGGUAUCGCUUUGUCCUGGCCUUUCCGAGGAUGAAGCCGUUGCUGCUUCGGCUAUUUGGGAGUCUCGCCGGAUUGAUCAACAUGACAAUCUUCCUGUUCACCAUGAACUUCUUAGCCGCGCUCUUUGCGGUCCAGCUGUUCCGAGGUGAUCUAGGCGACGACGACUUUAUCAGCUUCUCGCAGACGUACAAUGCGUUCUUGGGCAUGUACCAGAUCUUCUCCUCUGAGAACUGGUCUGAUAUCAUGUUCAAUGCUAUGCAAGCAGAAGAUCGGUGGAGGCAGAAGGUCAUCGCUGCUAUAUUCUUGUCUUGUUGGCUCAUCUUCUCCUUCUUCAUCGUACUGCAGAUGUUCAUCGCUGUCAUCAACGAGAACUUUGAGAUCGCCGAGGAGCAAAAGCGAAAGCGCCAGGUCGAGGAGUUCAUCCGGCGCGGAGAACCUCAAUCAGCGCACGUUAGCUGGAUUGACCGGCUCAACCCAUACCGCCUCGUCAAGGCUCGGCAUCAGGCCGUACAGGUGCGAUCCUUGCCCCAGAAUCUGGUGCUCCCGCUCAAACAGACGGUCGGCGCGGAUGUCGGACAAGCGGCGCCGUCGAGUGCAAUGAAUGGGUUCGAGGUACCCAAGCAAAAGUUGCGGAAGCUCUUUGGGAGAGAGAAGGAUGAUAGUGUGCUGCGAUACCGCAAGAGGCCGGUCUCGGCGGUGGUGAAGCCCGAUGCGUAUGCGGACGAUUAUGCGGAUGACCGAGGAUUGACCGACCUGCUUCCUCCAGUCAAUCCCAGCACGGAAGGGAACGAGCUAGCCGACGCCAACCGGGAACGACGAAACCAGCAAGCCGACUUCAUCGCCGCGCACCCCAGCUUCGACCGAUCUCUCUGGGUAUUCAAGCAGGGCAAUCCCAUCCGGCGGUUCUGCCAGUCCUGUUUUGACCCGGCAUACGGCGACCGCAUCUAUGGCCGACCCGCCCACCCAGUCCUCCGCUUGACAGCCAAGGUCGUCAUCUUUAGCACUAUCGUCGCCAGUAUCGUAGUCGCUGCCAUCUCGACCCCCAUCUACCGGAAAUACUACUACGAAAGCAACGGCUACUUCCGGGGCUCAUGGUACGACAUCGCCGAAGCCGGUCUGAGUGGCGUCUUCAUCGUCGAGGCCAUUAUGAAGAUCAUUGCGGACGGCUUCAUCUUUGCGCCCAACGCCUAUCUACUCUCGGUGUGGAACAUCUUUGAUUUCGUUAUCCUCCUCGCACUGGUCGUUAAUAUGGUCGGAUCGCUCAUCGUCAUUGGCGGUGUCAAUCGGUUGACUCGGGCGCUGCGGAGCGUGCGGGCUUUACGGCUCAUCACGCUCUUCUCGCGUCUCCGGGACACGCUGCACGUCGUGCUAUUUGCGGGAUUCAUCAAUAUCGUUGACGCCUCCAUCUUGAUGAUCCUCUACAUCAUCCCAUUUGCGGUGUGGGGGUUGAACAUCUUCUCUGGCCUCCUGUUCUCAUGCACCGAUACCGACGCCUCUGGCUUCUCCGCAUGCUUCGGCGAGAGGAGCAUCUUCCCGGUGGACGACUCGCUCGGCUUCCUCGCUCCCCAAGUAUGGUCCAAUCCCGGCAUCAUCGGCGGCUCCACCGUAUACUCAUUCGACUCGUUCCGCCAGUCCAUGCUCAUCCUCUUUGAGAUCGUCUCCCUCGAAGGCUGGAUCGACGUCAUGAAUUCGGCUACAUCCAUCACCGGGCGGGAGAGUCAGCCAGCAGAGAACGCUGCGCAAUGGAACAGUAUCUUCUUCAUCGUCUUCAACCUCUUUGGAGGGGUUAUCAUCCUCACUCUCUUCGUCAGCAUCAUCAUUGAGAACUUCUCGAUGCGGUCGGGGAUGCAGCUAUUGACGACGGAGCAAAGGCGUUGGGUCGAUCUAUCAAAGUUCAUCAAGGCUCAGACCCCCUCUCAGCUUCCCCAGACCCCCCCUUCCGAUGGCGUCCGGAUAUGGUGCUACAAUCGCGCGACGGAGAAGCAUGGAUGGUGGGCGAGAGGGUUCACGUUGAUCUACUAUCUGCAUAUCUUGUUACUAGCUUUUGAGGAUUUUAACAACACUAUCUUUGAUGAUCAGCAAAUCGAUAGCAUCUUCCUAUUGCUCACUAUGAUCUACGCGGUUGAUCUCCUGGUUCGCUUCUUCGGCCUCGGCAUGCGCAGCUUCUGGGCGAACGGAUGGAACAUCUUCGAUCUCAUAGUCAUCACCGGGUCAUUUGCCACCACCAUACCAGCGCUACAAGCGUCCAUGGCUGGAUCACCCGGAAGUCAGGUCAACGUACAGCUGCAGAAGCUGUUCUUGGUGGCGAUAGCUCUGAAAUUGGUCCAGCGGAACAGCCGGCUCAAUCAACUGUUCAAGACCUCUGUUGCGAGUCUCCCGGCUAUUGGGAAGCUGUUCCUCCUCUGGGCAUGUCUCUUCGUCUUUUACGCCAUCAUGUUUGUCGAGGUUUUUGGCUUGACCAAGACGGGCACGGCGUCGACCAGCCGAUUCCAGAAUUACCAUACCUUCGGGAACGCGCUCGUCAUGCUUGCUUUCAUGUCUACAGGGGAAGGCUGGAAUGGGUACAUGCACGGCUUUACCCUGGAAGCUCCGAGAUGUACCGCUUCCGACAACUUCCUGAACUCUGAUUGCGGUAGUCCCGGCUGGGCCUUCUUCCUCUUCAUCAGCUGGAACAUCUUAUCGAUGUACAUCUUCCUUAACAUGUUCACCGGUGUUGUAGUCGAGUCAUUCGCGUACGUGUACCAGAUGCCAGGCGGGAUCUCGCUUGACCGAGAACAGAUGCGGGCGUUCAAGCGGGUCUGGGCAGACUUCGAUACCGAUCGGUCCGGCUACAUCACGCGCAAAGAGCUCAUCCCUUUCUUAUCUCUGCUCAGCGGAGUGUUCGAAGUCCGACCUUAUCCACCUUCGGUCUCCGUCCGCAAUCUACUCCGCUCGUCCGUACCCGACCCGGUCGAUAACGCUGCCGGAAAGCUCGUCGUAGCAGCAGGAAGAAAGUACGCGGUCGACGUACGUCACGUCGAGAGCCUGGUACGCCAGAUUGACCUCACAAAGGUCCGGGAGCGCCGACGCGUAUUCGCUCGCCUGUAUCAUGAGGCGCGGAUAUCGGAGGAGCCCGGACGAGGGAUCAGCUUUACCUCGAUGCUGUUUAUGCUUGCUCAUUACAAGCUCAUCGAUGAUGAGAAGGCUUUACAACUGGACGAUCUCCUUGACCGCCGGGCCAAAACCGAAAGAGUGACCGACCUCGUCAACCUCGAUCGAGUCCGAGGGCUUCUACGCACCAUCUACUGGCGCCGCCGAUACCUGCGGCUCCGGGAUGAGCGCCGACGUGCUAUCAACGAGGCCAACGGCAUCCCUGCUAUUGUACUUGAGCCUAUCGCCCCAUCUCCUCCGGAGGACGAGGACGAUCUGGACCCAUUUGAGCGGCAAGACUACAGCCUACCCGAGUCCCCCACUUCAUCCCGCCGGUCCAGUCCAGGACCGUCUCCUCACUUGCGCUCCUUCAACCUCGGUCGCCAUUCCCCUUCUCUGUCAGUCGGGAGCCCGGCGAUGUCGCAUCGCGGCUCCGAUGCGAGUAUGCUAUCGUCCGAUGAUUCGGGUAUGAGACGGUAUGUCUUCUGUCGGUAG